AUGGCCUGGCCACCGGGGCUGCUGCUGCUCCUGCUGCUCCUGUUCCUGCUGCUGCUGCCCGGCCGCGCUCCGGCCGCACGGAGCCGCGACUUCACCGCCAAGGACAUCGUCUACCUCCACCCCUCCACCACGCCGUAUCCUCGUGGAUUUAAAUGUUUCACCUGCGAAAAGGCCUCAGACAAUUACGAGUGCAACCGCUGGGCUCCAGAUGUUUACUGCCCCAGAGGGACAAGGUACUGCUUGAGCCAGCACGUGCUGAAGGCCAGCGGGGAGAGCGUGUCGGUCACCAAGCGUUGCGCGUCCCUCGAGGAGUGCCUGAGCACGGGCUGCUCCUACAUCAAACACGAGCAGUACAAGGUGUGCACAUCCUGCUGCGAGGGCACGAUCUGUAACCUGCCGCUGCCCCGGAACUCUUCCGACGCCGUGUUCUCCACGCUGUCCCCGCUCAGUGACACCGCGCCGCUGUCCCCUCCCGGCCCGGCCGCGCCGCUCGGCAUCGGCCUGGCGCUGCUGGCACAGCGCUGGCUCACGGCGACAACCACGGCGACAGCCGGGGGACAGUGACAGCCGGGGGACAGAGAC